UUCUACGUUUACGGCAAGGUGAGUUUACGGACCGCGUCAGCGUUUGUUUUAUUUAAGCAACAUUUUCUUAAGGAGUUCUAGAACGCCAUGGGUGAUGCAGCACUUAUAAGACUGGUGAAGCCAAACGAACAUCUCUACAACAAAUAUGAUAAGGAUUAUAAAAAUGUUGCAAAGAAAAACGCCACUUGGCAACGGAUAGCUCGUGAGCUUGGAACUAAUGAAGCGGAAUGCAUUCGUCGUUGGACAAGACUACGUGAACGAUAUCCAAAGGAAGGACGGCGUAUUAUUGCACUUGCUGUAAACGGAAUAACACCAUCGAAUCCGUGGUCACUAUAUAAGGAACUGGAGUUUUUAAGACCGCACAUAAUCGCGCGCAAAAAAUAUGACUUCGAUAGUCCCUCGCUUAAGAGUGAACAACAGCAAACACAAGUCAGUAACGAACCGUUAACUGCAGAUCAUGAAGAUGAUAUGGAAUAUGAGUGUGUUACGGAUCCAUUCCAAUAUAAAUUUGCCGAAUCUCAUGUGACGGAGCAGGAAUCGGAGCAAGAAGCUACUGAUACAUCAUCACCCGCAUCUUAUCGUAAGAGGCGGCACUCAAAUGAAAUAGACCAUUUAUCUGCUUCGAGCUCUAUAUGUGGAGACACAAACAGCAGAAAACGUGCAAAAACAGACCCACAUAAUCCUGCAGUUCUUGGUUUCGGCAAAAUGAUUGUCGAAACUAUUUGCGGUAUGAGUGAACGAAAGCAGGCAAUUGCAAUGUUAAAGGUAACCGAAUUGGUAAUGAAAUUAAAAAUGGAACCUGAAACGACGGAUAGUUCUUAAACAUUGCACUUGUUAUUUUUCAUAUUAGAGUAAAUUUAAG